CCUAAUACUUCGUCAUACUACAGAACUAAUCUGGAUGUAAAUUUAUGAACAUAAAAUAUUAACAUCUUCAAACCUUUUAGAGCAGCCUUAUGAUGCCCUAUAUAUGAUUGCACAGAAUGCCUUUUAUGAUGUAGAGUUUUAACCAAAAUGUACCAACUGUUUCAGCUGCGGCCCAACAUGGAGCGCUACCAACGGGCUAUGAUCAACAUUAUGACCAGAACAGUGUCGCCUCAGCAACCUGGAGCUGAAGGCAGCUCCUCCUCUCAGCUCGCCACUGAAACUCUCAGCUGUCCGUCUGGGACUCCCCAGAACCCCGCCUUCCUGACCGUCCCCCUCACUGCUCCACUAGAUCAUCCCAGAACAGCAAAAGAGGCCAAAAGACCAAAGGAACAAGAUGCCUCAAAGUUCAUUGCAGGGGAUGACAGUCAGCUCAUCAUCGGUGGUGACGGCGGCCACGCUAUCUGCUUGCGGGAAAAAUUAGAGGAAGGAAUCUCUGGGACUUGUGAAACAUUCAGGAGCGACCCACUCUGCAAGGGACAUUUCCAGAUCCAUUCUCUGGAAGUAUGGGGAAUUCAGAACUCCAUCUACCUGUCUCACAGCUUUCCUUCUCAGUAAACUAC